UUGCUAUCUACUUUCCUCUUAGGACUGCCUUUGCUGUAUCCCAAAGAUUUUGUAUAGUUGUGUUUUCAUUUUCAUUGGUUUCCAUGAUUUUUUUUAAUUCUUCUUUAAUUUCCUGGUUGACCCAUUCAUUCUUCAGUAGGGUGCUCUUUAGCCUCCAUGUAUUUGAGUUCUUUCCGACUUUCUUCUUGUGAUUGAGUUCUAGUUUCAAAGCAUUGUGGUCUGAAAAUAGGCAGGGAAUGAUCCCAAUCUUUUGGUACCGGUUGAGACCUCAUUUAUGACCUAGGAUGUGAUCUAUUCUGGAGAAUGUUCCAUGGGCACUAGAGAAGAAUGUGUAUUCCGUUGCUUUGGGAUGGAAUGUUCUGAAUAUGUCUGUGAAGUCCAUUUGGUGCAGUGUGUCAUUUAAAGUCUUUAUUUCCUUGUUGAUCUUUUGCUUAGAUGAUCUGUCCAUUUCAGUGAGGGGGGUGUUAAAGUCCCCCACUAUUAUUGUAUUGUUGUCGAUGUGUUUCUUUGCUUUUGUUAUUUUUUUUUAUUUUUAUUUUUUAGAUUUUAUUUAUUUAUUUAUUUGAGAGAGAGAGAAUGAGAGACAGAGAGCAUGAGAGGGAGGAGGGUCAGAGGGAGAAGCAGACUCCCCGCCGAACAGGGAGCCCGAUGCAGGACUCGAUCCCAGGACUCCAGGAUCAUGACCUGAGCCGAAGGUAGUCGCUUAACCAACUGAGCCACCCAGGCGCCCCUCUUUGUUUUGUUAUUAAUUGCCUUAUAUAAUUGGCUGCUCCCAUGUUAGGGGCAUAGAUAUUUACAAUUGUUAGAUCUUCUUGUUGGAUAGACCCUUUAAGUAGGAUAUAUUGUCCUUCCUCAUCUCUUAUUACACGCUUUGGUUUAAAAUCUAAUUGGUCUGAUAUAAGGAUUGCCACCCCAGCAUGGUAAAUGUUUUUCCACCCCCUCACUUUCAAUCUGGGGGUGUCUUUGGUUCUAAAAUGAGUCUCUUGCAGACAGCAUAUCAAUGGGUCUUGUUUUUUAAUCCAGUCUGAUAGCCUGUGUCUCUUGAUUGGGGCAUUUAGCCCAUUUACAGUCAGAGUAACUAUUGAAAGAUAGGAAUUUAGUGCCUUUGUAUUGCCUGUAAGGUGACUGUUACCAUAUAUUGUCUGUGUUCCUUUCUGGUCUAUGUUGCUUUUAGGGUCUCUCUUUGCUUAGAGGACCCCUUUCAAGAUUUCUUGUAGAGCUGGUUUUGUGUUUGCAAAUUCCUUUAGUUUUUGUUUGUCCUGGAAGCUUUUUCUCUCUCCUUCAAUUUUCAAUGACAGCCUAGCUGGAUAUAGUAUUCUUGGCUGCAUAUUUUUCUCAUUUAGUGCUCUGAAUAUAUCCUGCCAGUCCUUUCUGGCCUGCCAGGUCUCUGUGGAUAGGUCUGUUGCCAAUCUAAUGUUUCUACCCUUGUAGGUUACAUAUCUCUUCUCCUGAGCUGCUUUCAAGAUUUUCUCUUUGUCUCUGAGACUCGUAAGUUUUACUAUUAGAUGUCGGGGUGUUGACCUAUUUUUAUUGAUUUUAAGAGGGGUUCUCUGUGCUUCCUGGAUUUUCAUGCCUGUUUCCUUCCCCAAAUGAGGGAAGUUCUCUGCUAUAAUUUGCUCCAUCAUACCUUCUGCCCCUCUCUCUCUUUCUUCUUCUUCUGGGAUCCCAAUUAUUCUAAUGUUUCGUCUUAUGGUAUCGCUUAUCUCUCGAAUUCUGCCCUCAUGAUCCAAUAGUUGUUUAUCUCUCUUUUUCUCAGCUUCUUUAUUUUUCAUCAUUUGGUCUUCUAUAUCACUGAUUCUCUCUUCUGCCUCAUUUAUACUAGCAGUUAGCGCCCCCAUAUUUGAUUGCACCUCAUUAAUAGCCUUUUUGAUUUCUACUUGGUUAGAUUUUAGUUCUUUUACUUCUCCAGAAAGGGUUUCUCUAAUAACUUCCAUGAUUUUUUCAAGCCCAGCUAGUAUCUUUAAAGUGAUGAUUCUGAACUCUAGAUCUGACAUCGUACUAAUGUCUGUAUUGAGUAGGUCCCUGGCAUUCGGUACUACCUCUUGUUCUUUUUGUUGAGGUGAUUUUUUCCAUCUUGUCAUUUUGUGCAGAGGACAAUAGAUUAAUGAGAGAACAAAAUGCUAGCAGAAUAACCACGUCCCCACAAAAUGUGCUCUAAACAAAUCAGAAAAGACCUGAAGCAGGGGAAAAAGAAAGGGAAAGGGAGAAAAAAGAAAAAGAGAAAGAUAAAAACAAACAAAACAAAACAACAACAACAAAAAAAACCAGAAUGGGAUCAAAUAUGAUCAGGCUGGUAUAUAGAUCAGUGCCACACACUAUAUUUUGGGUGUAUUUUGGUCUGUUAGAAGAAAGUGCCUCCCAAAAUUUUAAAGAAAGAAAAACUUAUAUAUGUACAAAAAUAAGGGUUAAUAUGAUGAAGGGAUGGAAUAUGAGUGUAAAGAUGGAAAUUAUAAAAAAUUUUAUAAAAGGAAUUGAUAAGAAGUUGUUUGAAAAAAGAAAGAAGAGGAUUUAAAAAAAGAAAAAAGAACAAAAAGGGAGAGAAUGUGAUCAGACAGGGCAGUAGAAAAAACCAUAUACUAGAGAUUUAGGGUAUAUUUUGAUCUGUUAGAAGAAACUAUCUCAAAAUUUUAAAGAGAGAACAACUUAUAUAUAUAUGCCAAAAAUACGGGUAACUACUAUGAUGGGAUAGAAUAUGACUCUAAAAAUGAAAAAUAAAAAUAUUUAUUAAAGAAGGGAUUGAUAAGAUGUUGGUUGAAAAAGGGAAAAAGAAAAAGAAAAAAAAAGAAAAAGAAAAAAAGACAGUUAAAUAACACUUAACUUUGAAAGACUAAAGAAUCAUGGUAAAAAAGCCUAUUCUAUGUGCAGUAUUCCCCUAGCGCCGGAGUUCUGCCAUUCUCAUUGAUCGGUAAACGUGGUCUUGGCUGGCUGUUCUCGCUGAUCUUCUGGGGGAGGGGCCUGUUGCCGUGGUUCCCAAAUGUCUUUGCCAGAGGCGGAAUUGCCCCCCCUUGCCCCCUCCCGGCUAAGUAAUCUGCUCGGGUUUGCUCUCCAGGGCUUUUGUUCCCUGCGAGCUUUCCGUACAGCUUUGGAGGUGGAGAGUAAAAAUGGUGGCCUCCCAAUCUCUGCCCCGGAGGAGCCGAGAACUCGGUCCCCGCUCCUCAGUGAGCCCCCAGAGAAAAGCUGUCAGUCACUCCCGUCUCCUGGGUCUCCGGCCACACUCUGUGCUCACCCAACCUGUGACCGCGCGUUUCUAUCUCUGGCACCUGACUCCAGGUGGAGUCUCCAAACCCAGCAGAUCCCUGCGGUGCGCUCCCGCGCGGCUCCUCCCAGGGGAGGAAGGUGAGUCUCCCCGGAUCUGCCGCUUGUUGGGUCCCUGCUGGAGGAGCAGGGGCCCGACUGUGCCACGGAUCACGGUUUAUGGCAACCCCAAGCUGAGAGCCCGUGCCUGGGUUCCGCCUCUGCAGCUGGCUUCCCUGUUCCAUUACCUGGGAGCUCUGCCACACUCAGGCACCCCCGGUCUUUCUGUGACCCCGAGGGUCCUGAGACCCCACUCUCCUGGAGGGUUCCACCCCCGCUUAGCCACCAGAGUGACGUCCCUCAGCGGAGCAGACUUUUAAAAGUUCCAAUUUUGUGCUCCGUGGUUCUAUCACUUGCCAGAAGCAGCCGACAGAGGCCCCUCCCCCGCCGUCUAUCCCCCCGAAUAUCGCCUCGGAUUCACUUCUCCGCACGUCCUACCUUCCAGAAAGUGGUUGCUUUUCUGAUGAGAGAGUUGUUGUUAUUAUUUUCUUCGAACUCCUGUGAGUUUGUAGGUGUUCAGAAUGGUUUGAUCCCUAUCCAGCUGAAUUCCUGAGAGGAGAUGAAAUCCAGGUCUCCUACUCCUCUGCCAUCUUGCUCCGCCCCCCAAGGACCAGUACUCUUAAAAGUAAUGAAAUCAAUUAGCACAAAACAUCAAAAAGGGACAUCAUAAUCCAUUCUUCCUACUUUAACUUACUGAAUAAAAACUUCAUGAAUUAAAGGAAUAGUCAAUUUGUUAAUAUAUUUUAGUUUGAAGAUAUUCAUUAUUUCAACUAAUCUUUACUUUUACCUUAAUCAGUAAAUGCGUAUUUUUUCUUUUAUAAGAGAGUGCAUAUAUCAUAGGUGAAAGUAUCUGUCAUUGUUUGCCACAUUGAAUUUGAAUUUAUGAGAUUUCAGAGAGUUACUUAAAAAGUUUUAGAAUAUGAUAUUAAAACAUUGCUUUCAUUUCUAUAAUUUUAGAUAUGCCAGAAAUGGAAAAAGAAGGGAAACUUCCAUUUUAUAUCCAAAAUCAAGGUUUUUCAAAUUUAAAAACAUUUCUGUAUUGAUUUUAUUUAAAAAGAAGCAACUUUAGAACACCCUAGAAUUACUUUUUAACAGCAGGGAGCUAGCUUGACUAGAAAUUCCUUGGAGAAUAUUCCCUUCUUCUAGGGGCAGUCAACAGCAAAUGAAUGAUUGACAUAAGGUAUAAAAGACCAGCCCUCUUACUAUAAAGAUGGAUCACUUGAUAGUACCAUAUCUGCUUCUUAGCUCCCCAAGGGAUAAGGCUGAGGCUAGACUCACACCUGGGAGAGCAUCCUUGCUUAGCUUCUCCCCCUCCUCUAUCCUGCUUCCCUCAUUUCCUUAUGGGUUUCACUUAAGAGCACCCACUUGCUCUGCUCUUAGGAAACCCACCUAAAUCAAUGUCACAUUUCUAUAAUGCUCCCAUAUGACUUCCAGAUAAAACAUUUUUAAAACGGACCUUGUUUCUUUCAUUUGUUCUAGAGAAAGUGUGCUGCUAUAUCUCUAAAUGUCACUAUUCUUUAGAUAUAGCUCAUUCCAGAAGAAGAGAGUACUUUAGGGAAGAGGAAAACAAACCAAAGGUGUUCCAGAAGAAACCAUUAUGGACUCUACUUUGGCAUCUGAGUAUCUGAAGACUUUGAAUUAAUGGAGAGGGACUGAACCAAAGGUCUCCUGACUCCUGGCCAGCCCUUUUUCCUCAGCUUACUCAUUGCCUCUCUGCACAUUGUUAUUAGGAUUUGCUGUGAUGUUCUGGGUAAAAUUGUUCAUGGAAACAAAAAAGAAAGAGUAUUGCCCAACUGUCCCUAAGCUAUUGGAACAGGGUUAUAGGAAUCAGAAAAAUCUGCUCAUGAAGCACUGGCCCCAAUCAGAGAUUGAAAUUGUUUGCUAUCAAAACUAUGCUGUAGCAGCAUGACAUUUUCUUCAAGAGAAAAGAUGCAGCCUCCUCUCUUGAAAGCAUGGAUCAAUGAAUAAGGGAGUGAGUGACUGGUGGGAUGAAUGAAUGCAUGAGUGGGAUGAUGAGUGAUUGAAUAAACUUGCCGCAGUAUCCUUGAGAAGGAAGUUCUUUGCUCUUGUCUGUUCUUCAGUUAUAAAAAGAUAUUACUUAAAAUCUACCUAAAAACACAGAGGAGAGAGGCAAACUCAUAUUUCUUCCUCUUUACUCUCUUUUCUCUUUCUCAUCCUUUUAUGAUAAUACCAGAAUAUAUGUAUUAUUUGGGGGUGUUUGUUAAGGAAAAUAUGAUGCUGGGACUCAUUCUCUUCCCAAGAUGCUUACUAACUUCUAAUAAAAUGAUUUAUUCCAGUUCCUUCAAAAGCAAAAUUUCUAUUCCUUGAGAAACACCAUAUCUUGAAAAUUUAGCAAGUAGGAGAAGGAGGAGUUUUCAGCUUCCAAGAAAUAUGUUUGAGAUAUGUAUUUUAUUUAAAAAAUGGUCUGAUUUAAAAGUGUUUUUCUUUAUAUGUAUGCUUAUAGCCAGAACAAUGAAAAAAACCUGUGUAUAUGAGGUUUUACCACUAUAUCUGAAGUAGUUGACUAGCCUACCUAAGAAAUCAGAAGUUAAAACAGUUUAUUAAUUUUGAAUGAGAUAUUAUGAAAUAAAUCAAAUAUUAAACUAAGUAAAAGUAUAUACAUGGAAGAAACUCAUGGUGAAACCAGUGUAGCCUUGUGUUUGACAGAAAACCUUAUACUAGUGAAGGUUCAUGAAAAUUGUCCUUUGAAAACCUCAAGUGGAGGGAAAUGCUGAACAUAGACUCUGUUUUUUUACCCCCACAAACUAUUCCUAUCAUUACAUUUAGAAGACCGGUCUACGCCACUCUUGUUUUAUUCUUAAAAUUUCCCAGUGCUUUAUCAUAUUGUCUCUGGCAUGCCACAGGCUUUUACCCUAUAAUUUCUGAAUUGCUGCCUUCAACAGGUGGGUGAAUAAAUGUUAAGACCAACUGACUCUGAAAUAUUGCUAAGGUAAAUUGACCUAAAAAGAAAAUAAUUAAAAUAUUUUAUUGGGGAGGGUAUGUGCUAUGGUGAGUGCUGUGAAUUGUGUAAGACUGAUGAAUCACAGACCUGUACCCCUGAAACAAAUAAUACAUUAUAUGUUAAUUUUUUAAAAAGAAAGAAAAAUAAAAUAGAAUAUUUAGAUAAAAUUUUAGAAUAUAAAAGAAAAUGACAUCAAUGAAAAAAUGCAGGGUAUUAUGGUACUUCUUUAUAAACACACUUCCUUUGAUUAUUUUUGGCAAGAUAACUAAAUGUGAUUGAAAUAUAUAUAUAUUUAAAAUAUGUGGAAUGUCUUGUAGAAAAAAGAUACACACAUGGAGUUAUUUUGAAGUGGUAAUGACAAGGGAAGUUGGAACAGAAAUGGCAAGGGUGAGUGUGAGUGUGUAGCAUUGUUAAAUACAAUGGCAUAACUCCUGUGAGUUUUAAUGGCAAGCUAGGUCUGAGGAAACACAGCCAGACCUUCUAAUGUGAGCCCUCAAAGGGGCCUUCAAUUCAUUUAUACUGUCAUUUUGUUCCUUAUCAUUAGGAUGAAACACCCAGAUUUCAAUGGCCUACUUCCUUGGCAAAUAAUAAUAUAAAUAAACAAACUAUCUCAUUCUGACCUUUCCAUUUAUCUCUAAUUUGAAUCACUGCUUGAGGAGUUCUACCAAUUACAUCUCUGACAAACAAUGAGAACGGAUCAAAAUGGACAGCCAUUCAAAAAAAAGAAUGUUUAAAGAUGUUGUACUGAUACCUUAUUCUCAGAAUAGAUUAUAAGAAUAGCAGGUGCUGUGGGAAUGUAUUGAUACGAGAAUGAACAGAGUAAGGAAAUGGAAAAUAAUGCAAGUGUGUUAGGUUUACUACCAUAAUUGAAUUUCAGAAAAGUCUAAGUGAUAAUAAAAAAUGGUCUGUGUAAAAUUAAUCACAUAUUCUUGGAUAUAAAUUUUUACUUUCUUGGUUCAUCAGGAAUCAGUAGAUAUAACUAUAAAAGCAAGCAUAGCAUUCUCUUCUUUAACCUAGAAUUUUUUUGUCCUGUUUGAUUUGUGAGCUGGGGUUUUUGAACUUGUUAUAUAAGCCUACAAAAUUGUAAACUAAUUUCCAAGUUUGCCCCCAUUACAGCUUUCAGCAUCAGUAAUGGAUACAGAGUUAUCAACUUCAACCAGGGGUAGAUUUUCUGAUCCUGACAUUGGUGUGAAGUUAUUACAAUAGAACAGGAAGAAGUUGGUAUAUUUCUCCUUGGGACACUUCCAUGUUGCCCAUUGUGUGGCUCACCUGUACUUACUUUGAUAUUUAUCGGAGUAUGCAAUGACUUCACUGAGAUUUCUUUUUCUCUGCAGUUCAAUAGAGACAGUUGUAAGGAUUAGAAGUUGGGGGAAGAAAAGUGGUAAGUGUAAUGAAACAACAUGUUCUUUAGGCAUACCAAACCAACCUACUCAUCUUUGCCAAGUCAUUUGGUUGUAACAAAACUGGAAAGAGAAGCAAGGGGGAAGUUGAGUGACCUAAGAAUCAGAGUUUGGAAUUAGAAUAGACUUCUAGUAUAGCCAGCUGUAUUCCAACAAGUAAAGAAUUGUGUUUAUUCAUGAUAGGUUAAGUGUCUGACCUCAAAUCAUACUUUCGUUAUGUGGUCAUGAGGGCUAGAACCUGGUUCUCCUUCCUUGAGUGCUAGACAAUCUUCCAUAAUGUCACAAAUAUUGGAGGUCUACUGGGCUUCCCUAUGAAGAUUCUUGUAUGCACACUUUAAUUUGAACUGCCAUCAGUCAAGGUCAGCAGAACCAUAUGCAGUGAAAACAACAGAGCUAAUGUAAUCUGUGGAAUCAGUGAUUUUUUUCAAGGCCACAGGACUGUCAGGAAUAUUCUCAGUCUGCAGUCAAUGGCUUUCUUUUCAUAAUGAAUGUCUUGGUUUCUCUUGCAAAUAUAUUACUUGAAUAAAUAUUCCGGAAUCAUAGAAGUUUUGAAUCUUCAGGUUUUUCACAUUUUUAUCUCAUCUUUCCCCUUUAUUUUGUAAAUUUGCAUGCGGACACCCUGGAAGGUUGUAACGUUCUCCAGAUCACAUGUCUCCUGUGUGACUGAGUCCAGGCUGGGACUCUCGAUUCUGACUUACAUUCAGAGGCUUUCUCUCAAAGCCAUACUGUGUUACUUCUUUUAGAAUAACUGGCGUAAAUUUUUUAUAACCAGAGCCACAGGUGAUACAUUAUUUGGAUGUCAAACCGCACCUUGCACAUAGUUGGAACAAAAUGUAUUACCUAAGACAAAUAAUGAAUGAAUCCAAACUCAGCCUGUUCACCAGGUAAGCUCUAAGUUAGUCAGGAAGCUGGCAGGCUGGAAGAAAUAGACCAAAAAGAUGACAGGAAAAGGCAUAUGGAAAUGGAAUAACCAGGUUGUGUCUCUGUUGAAUCUUUCGGAUCAUCGUAAAUGCUUUGCCUGAUGGUAACCUCACAGCAUCCAGAAACUGUGAGUCAUUUCUUUCCUUUCCCCUUGCUUUUACCCUCGACUUUUUAGGAGUAGUUCAAUUCUGAAUAGUUCUGAACAGUUCAGCUGCCAGCCCAAAUCUAUUAGCCAUAUUCUUCCAGAAAUCACUUUCCAGUCAUGUAAAAUUUUACUGUCCUCAUACCCCAAGGAGCUUUGACUUGCUGCUAUCCUAUAGACCCCUCUCUCCUGAAGGUUCUUUCCUUGCCCCUUGCCCCUUUUGUAUUAUAAUUAUUAUUUAUUUUGUUUUAACAUAAUAACAUCAUUUGACAUCAUUAUUUGGUGAGACCUUUUAUAUGUGGUGCUAGGUUGAUACGCAUGCUUACUCUUCUCAGAGAUGUUUGGCACUAAGUAACUCAUAACACACAAAAAAAUACAUUAAGCACAUUGUCUUCUAUUAUUCUUUCCCAAGCUCUAAGUGAUACAAGAGGACAGGAUUACAUCUUUCCUUCAAAUAGAUUGCCAGCAUUGUCCCUAAAAUGACCUCGUUCCUUAAAUAAGAAAUAUAGACUUAAAAAUUAUAUAACAUUCAAAGAGUUAAAGUUAUAAAUUUCACAUUUCUCUAGACAGGCCUUUAAAAAAGAACAAUCUCUGGCAGCUCACAGACUAACAAAGGUAACAGAUGUUGGACUGGAAACUGCACAGUCUAGAGGAGAAAAAUUAAUUUGUGAAAAAGCAGCUUUUUUCCCCGUGUGUGUGUUUAAUGGCCUUAGCAAAGCAGAAUGGAAAUAUUUGCAUUCUCGGCAAUCAAUUUACAUGCUUAAGCAUUUGUUUUUCUCCCCAUCCUAAACAUAAUUGUCUGUUCAGUAAUAACCCACAUAGUGGAAAGAAGGGUCAAGAGAUGCUGUGUGUCUUUGGCAUCAACCUACUGUUAGCAACCAAGUUUCUUAGUCCACAAUGCUCAUUUGGUUUCUCUUCGCAUUUCUUAAUGCACAACUUGCUGAACAUCCUGCUAAGAUAAAGUCGAUGUUUCCCAUCUCUCGGGUGGAAUUUCUUCUCCCCUUGCCAUCUGACUCAAAUCUGCCUUCUCACUUCUCCAGAGCUGCCAACACAAUAGUCCCCUUUUUAUCUUCACUAUAUUUUGGAAUAUUGUGAAGAUCGCCAAAGCAGAGUGGGAGUGGAGACAGUAGGGAAUAAAAAGAAGCCGAGUGGAAGUGGAAACAGUAGGGAAUAAAAAGAAGCUGUUUUAAGCAAGCAUUGAGGCUGUUACUUUUUUUUUUUUUUAAUAUUUAUCAUCUGCUUAGAGUUGAUGCUGAUGAAACCCUAUAGUUUGGCAAAGCAGCUGUGUUUAAAGCAAUUUACAACAGAUUUCAAAAAAAAAAAAAAUCCCAUUGUGUCCCUCAUUUCAAUAUCAGCCUUUAAGAUUUCAAUGAUAUUGUAACAGUGAUGUAUCAGGACAGAUGGCAACUACACCUGUGGUGGACAAGGCAUAGGUGUAAACUUGUCAAAUCACUAAGUUGUACACCUGAAAUUAAUGUAACAUUGUGUGUCAGCUAUACUCGAAAGAAAGAAAGAAAGAAAGAAAGAAAGAAAGAAAGAAAGAAAGAAAGAAAGAAAGAAAAAGGGAAGGAAGGAAGGAAGGAAGAAAGAAAGAAAGAAAGGAAGAGAAAGAAAGAAGGAAGGAAGAAAGAAAGAGAAAAAGAAAGAAAAAGGAAGAGAAAGAAGGAAGAAAGAAAGAAAGAAAAAGGAAGAGAAAGAAAGAAGAAAGAAAGAAAGAAAGAAAGAAAGAAAGAAAGAAAGAAAGAAAAAGGAAGAGAAAGAAAGAAGGAAGAAAAAGAAAGAAAGAGGAAGAGAAAGAAAGAAGGAAAGGAAGAAAGAAAAAGAAAGAAGGAAGGAAGGAAGAAAGAGAGAGAAAGAAAGGAAAGAAAGAAAGAAAGAAAGAGGAAGAGAAGGAAGGAAGGAAGGAAGGAAGGAAGGAAGGAAGAAAGAAAGAAAGAGGAAGAGAAAGAAAGAAGGAAGGAAGGAAGAAAGAAAGAAAGAGAAAAAGAAAGAAAAAGGAAGAGAAAGAAAGAAGGAAGAAAGAAAGAAAGAAAGAAAAAGGAAGAGAAAGAAAGAAAGAAAAAGGAAGAGAAAGAAAGAAGGAAGAAAAAGAAAGAGGAAGAGAAAGAAAGAAGGAAAGGAAGAAAGAAAAAGAAAGAAGGAAGGAAGGAAGAAAGAGAGAAAGAAAGGAAAGAAAGAAAGAAGAAAGAAAGAAAGAAAGAAAAGAAGGAAGGAAGGAAAGAAAGAAAGAAAGAAAGAAAGAAAGAAAGAAAGAAAGAAAGAAAGAAAGAAAGAAGAAAGAAAGAAAAGAAAGAAAGAAAGAAAGAAAGAAAGAAAGAAAGAAAGAAAGAAAAGAAAGAAAGAAAGAAAAGGAAGAAAAAGAAUGUGUGAGAAUUGUUUCCAAAGGACUCAUAGCAGAGGACAAAUGAAACACCCCAAGGAGACUCUGCUAAGAGAGAUUUGCAAUUCACACAGCAUUCCAGCCCCAUUUCUCAAGCUCAGAUCACUAGUGUAUCUGGUUAGAACUUGCGGAAUUAACAUGUCUCUCUCUUUGUCCUGCUUCACUGUUUUAGUCAAGGGAAUUAAUCAAAAAAAAUGUUGCUUCAUUUUUGAACUGCUUGUGAAAGCCUCCUUAUUUCAGUUAAGUAGAAAUCUAUUUUGUUAGCAAGCCCAAGCUCUUCCUCUGGGCUACAUUUAUGUAUGCAGAUCAACUAAUUAUAUAGGUAUUUUUAGUGGGUGACAAUCUUUUUUCUCUCCUUUCUUCUCUCUCAAAGCAUUUUUGAGAAAGUUUUGCUGGGGGCAACUUAAAAAGGAUUAUUUUUCUGUAUUAAAACCUUCAAGUUUAAACAAUCUGACUAAAUGAAGUGGUGUUUAUGAAACGAAAGGCAAAGGUUUAAUUCAAGAAUGGAGCAUUUUAGUUUUUGCAUAGAAAAACUUUUUUUCUAGGGCAGAUAUCAAGCAGACAACCCCUUUAAUUCCAUCUUCAGCUCUUUGAUGAUUCGAGGUGCUUUUAACACUUAACCCACAAAUAAACUCAACAAAGUACAAGUAAUGGAAAUGAAGGUACAGGGCAGGCUGUUACCAGCACUGAAAAACAAAAGAAAGAUACUUCAAAACACAAUUCCUUUUGAUUGUGGUCAAUAGACCACUUUGUUCAUAAAGCUUUGACAAAAUAUAAUACAUAGAGUAGUUGUGUGUGUAAUAUACACACAGGUCCCAAAAGCCCCCUGGAGAAUUUCUCUUGAUGAGAAUUUUAGUACUUAACUGAAAAUUAUGGCUUUUGGACUCUUUCAUUUUUAUUUCUAGUGAACACAUCAAAUACAAAAGCAACUUGUUUAGCUAACACAUUGCAUUUCAGUCUCUUUGCCACUUGUGUAUUCAUUUCCAGCAAUGUUUGCAACACCAUUUGAUCUUAAACACCCAACAUAAAAUAGAGGUGCAGGGAACUGGAAUAUUACCUCAAUAAGUGUAGACAAGCAAGAAUUAAAUUGACCUUCAACUUCAGAUUUCUCUGUCCUUCCUUAGAGUAGGGAUAUACAGAGGUGCUAAGUUGAUUUAUGUUAACUUAAAACUAUUUCACUAAAGUAAUGACCUUGUACCAAUAAAUGUUUAAGUAUCUAGUUCUUCAGGGAUUGUUGAAAAAAACAUCAUUCUUAAAAUAACGCGGAUCUUCUGUGAAAGCUUUUGACUGCCAGAGAAUUUACUCAGAGUGCAUUUUAAACAACCUUCAUAUAGAAGGAAACUAAAGCAUGGCUACCAUAGGCUUUGUACUUUAAUCUUUAUUUACAGGUUGAAUGGAGCCAAAGUUGAAUGAAAAAUGAAAUGCUAGAGAGCAAGCUAUGUCUGUUUGUUCACAAUAUGCUGAUGAAAUCCUCCAUAUGGGGAAUGAGCAGAAAUUAAGGGUGUGCUUUUGUUGUUGUUGUUUUCUUUUAAGAGUGUCGAUUUCAGUCCCACUUUUCUUCUUCUUAAAGUUACUUGGACACCAUCCCUCAUGGUGGAACCUCUCUGUACCUCAGUUUUCUUGAAUACAAAGAGAAAGUAGAGGAAAAAAUAAUGUGCAAAUUCUUUUUAAGCUCUGAAAAUUCUGGAUUUAUAUCUCAAAAGUAUUUUUACAUGAUCCAUAAUUCAAGAUACAUGUACAAUAAGAUCUUUCAUACAGGCAAUUUCAAACCACAGAAAUGGAAUAUAAAUUAAAUAUAUGAAUAAUCUUAGGUUAAUACAGUUGGUAAUUAAUAAUUAUAAUUGACUAAAAACUUGCUGACAUGGAACAUAGACUAAAUCCUUCAACUACUUCUACUGAGAAACAACAAAAUGUGUAGUAAAUCUAUUAAAGGAAUUACUUCCCUUCAAAAUGUUAUAUAGGUUCCUGAUUACCAAAGGAUGCUUGAUUACUUCCUCUUGCUUUUCUAGGCGGUAGAUCGAUAUAGAGUUUUUAAAGAGUGUUAAUACUUUUUUUCUUUUACCUUGAGAGUGAACACUCACCUUAGUUAACAAAUUAACAAAUUAAGGUAGGAGGUAGUAUUUCGUGUAUGAUAAACGUUAUCCCAAGUCAGCUGUGGUGGGGAUGGUGAGCCACUAGCUCAUUAGUUAAGAUUCUUUUGUUCCAGAAUUCCAAGACUGAACUUUCUGGUGCCACUUAAAAGCCCACUAGGUCAGGAACUUCAGAUUUUAAGCCAUGUGCUACCAUUUUCCUGGAGGCCUUCCCUGAAGUCUUAUUCUUGAAGUGGUCAAUACCUGAAGUGUAGCAUUUAUUUCCUGCCCCCUGUCCCAUGUUGUCCACCCUCUCUUACCUAUUAUUCUAUAGGAUUGUGUUCUGUAUUUUAUAUCAAUCCCUGCCUCCACUGCUUCACAAUCACCAAAGACUUUAUAUCCUCAGCCUUCACUCAUAGAGUUUCUGCUACCACCCUACCAGUAUUAUGAAAAUUCAGCCUCUCCCCCAAAGAUACUACUUUAUGUCCAGCCUUACUGAGUUCAGUUUGUUCUCACUGGGAUAGUAGCUUCCAUGCUCUUUUUUGGCUUCCGGAUUAUUGCUCCUUCUCCAAUUUGUAAACACUGCUUUUUGGGGGCUCAUGAAAGCUGUCAAGACAACUCUCUCUACUUAUCAUCCACUGGCCUCUGGAUAAUUUGCUCUGUCACUGAAGAUUUUUGGCAUCUGGAUAAUUUUUCAUUUCUAACCCAGUUUCUGCCAUUAUCUUAAGUGUUUUCAACAACCAUUUAUCAUAUUGAACCCUACUGUAUUGAAUUGAUGUGAUGACUGCUUCAGAGCAUGGCCUCUCAAUUUUUUCUUUUGGCCUCUCAAUUUCUUUACCUCAUUAUCUGCAGAAACAUCCUUUUCAAUUUCUCUUCAACCAUCUACUCUCAGAGUUAAACUCAAGACCAUACAACUUCAUGAAACUGUUCUUCCAAAAUUAAGAACUCAACAUCCUAUUCUUACCCCAUAACCUUCUACUUUCCAAGCAUGGUUUUUUUUUUUUUGAGAGCAUCUCUUGACCCUUCUUCCACUAUGUAGGUUAUUAUUGAACAGACAAUUAAUUAAUGACCUUUCUCCCGCCUCUUGGGCAUGUCCAGUCCAUUGACCAUCCUCCCUUUCCUUUGUCCCAUCCACUAGCUUUGAUUUGUCAUCUGAUUAAAUCCUGACCUCAGAUGUACUCAACUGCCUGCUUUCUUUGUGUCUCCACAUAAACCAUAGACAAAGAAAAUCAUAAGAGAAAAUUGGAUUGCUACACUACGAUCACCAACCUCAGCUGGGUCUCUGGAUUUCUCAAAAAUCUUACUAGGUUCACUGAUCAACUCAUUUUCCAAUUCUGAAUGGCUGUUGCAAAUUACCUUCACCCUUCUGAAACUGCUGCCACCAUUCUUCUCCUGACACUCAGCAGAUGACAUUUGCUUUCAUUUAAUUUAGCAGGUGGCAGGGAACUCCCUCAUCCUGCCACUAUCCAAGUUACAAAUUAUCUUCAGAACACAGCAUUGUCUCCUUCCCUCCUGUUACAGUUGAAGAGGUGUCUCUCCUCUUUCUGAUUCUGUUUUCCUUGUUCUUGGAAUCUACCUUCUCCUAUUUUUUGUAAAUUUCAUUAAUGAAUAUCCUUUUUAUCACCGGUAACUUUACCUUAUCUCUCUCUCUAUUUUGGAUCUUUCUGAUCAACAUCCAUAUAAGACCAGUUUUCUCCAAUUAAAUACAAAGCAGGAGUGCCUGGGUGGCUCAGUCAGCUAAGCAUCUGACUCUCAAUUUGGACUUCUGUCAUAAUUUCAAGGUUGUGAGAUAAAGCCCCAUGUAGGGCUCCAUGCUGAGCAUGGAGCCUGCUUACGAUUCUGUCUCCCUCCCUCUCCAUCUGCUUCUCCCCCACCCCGCCCCUGUUUGCAUUCUUUCUCUCUCUCUCUCUCUCAAAAAAAAAAAAAAGAUAAAA